CUGCUGCAGAGGUGCUCGUCAGACCAGUUUUCAGACAGUGUUUGUGUGCAAAUGAAAGUGUUCGGAGAAUCCAUCGCAGCAAGAAGUUCACACUCACUGGAUUUAGUUUUGAGAAAAGUGGAACAGACGGUUGUUUUAUGUAACAGAUCUUAAUACAGAAAUGCGGGAUUGAACACAUCUAACAGGACAUUGAAUGUGUUUGAACUCAUCACUACAAGGACAAGACAGUUCACCACAGCUGUGAGGCUUCAGCAUCUGGACCAUGUUCUCCUCUGCUGUCCCGUAUAAAAACCAGCACUACUCUGAUCUGAAGAGGGACUGUAUCAACGACAAGACGCUGUUCGAGGAUCCAGAGUUCCCAGCCAUCGAUGCAUCGCUGUAUUUUAGGAAACCACCUCCUGGUUUUGUGGAAUGGAAACGACCAGGGGAGAUAAGCAAUGCGCCCCAACUGUUUGUGGAGGGCAUCAGCUCCCAUGACCUGAACCAGGGAGUUGUGGGAAACUGUUGGUUUGUUGCUGCCUGCUCCUGCCUGGCUUUGAAGCCGGACCUCUGGAGGAGGGUAAUCCCUGACCACAAGGAGCAGGAGUGGGACCCCAAGCACUCGGAGAACUAUGCUGGAAUCUUCCACUUUCAGUUCUGGGUGUUUGGGCAGUGGGUGGACGUGGUGGUGGACGACCGGCUGCCUACGAUCAACAAUGAACUCAUCUACUGUCACUCGAAAAACAAGAACGAAUUCUGGAGUGCUCUGCUGGAGAAGGCCUACUCCAAGUUCUCUGGCUGCUACGAGUCCCUGGAGGGGGGAAACACCGGAGACGCUGUGGUGGAUUUCAGUGGAGCUGUGGCUGAAGCCAUCAACCUGGAGACAGAAGCUUACUAUAAGGACCAGAAAAAACAAGACCAGCUGUUUGAGGAUCUGCUAAAGGUCUACGACCGUGGAGGAAUCAUAAGCUGCUCUAUUAAGGCACAGCCUCAUGAGAUUGAACUCAAAAUGGCAAACGGGCUGGUGAAAGGCCACGCAUACUCAAUAACUGCAGUGAAGAAAGUGCGUUUGGGUCACGGGCUUCUGGCCUACUUCAAGAAUGAAACCAUUUCUCUGAUCCGCAUGAGGAACCCCUGGGGUCAGAUUGAGUGGAAAGGAGCCUGGAGUGACACCUCUGAGGAAUGGUCAACGGUUGGUGAUCUGGAGAGGGGCAAACUUGGGAUCACAGUAGAUGACGAUGGGGAGUUCUGGAUGUCAUUCGCAGACUGGUGCAAGUUCUUCACAGAUGCAGAUGUUUGCCGUAUCAUCAAUACUUCCAUGAUCAGUCUCCAUAAGACGUGGAAUGAGGUUGUGCACUUUGGGAGUUGGACCAAAAAUGCAGAGCCGCUUUUAAACCGCUGCGGUGGCUGUGCUAACCACAAACCGACGUUCCUGCAGAACCCACAGUUCUUGUUUGAUGUUACCAAGGAGGCAGAUGAGGUCCUGAUCUCCUUGCAACAGAAAGACAUGAAGAUCCACAGAAAAUUUGGUCAAGGAGAAAAUCUAUCCAUUGGCUUCUGUGUAUUCAAGGUGGAACUGAACAGGAAGUAUCGGAUGCACGACAUCCUGACCCAACAGGCUGUUGAGACGUCCACCUACAUCAACGCUCGUACAGUGUUCAUGCGAUGCACGCUCCAACAGGGCCGCUACGUCAUCAUCCCCACCACCUUCAAGCCUUACACGCUGGGGGAUUACAUGAUCCGAAUUUUCACCGACGUGGACUCAGGCUGCAGGGAGUUGACAGAGGAUAAACCAAAGGUAAAAUGCUGGAGUUCAUUCCUUGGAUAUGCGCAAGCUGUGACUCACGUCUACAUCCACGGAGCUGAGGAGCUGCAGAACCAGGACAAUACAGGAGGUGCAGACCCGUAUGUGAUCAUUUACUGUGAGGGCCGGUCAGUACGAUCCACCAUCAAGAAGGACACCCUGAAACCAGAGUUUACAACCAGCGCCAUUUUCUACAGGAAGAAACUCAGAAAGCCCAUAACUGUGGAGGUGUGGAACAGCAACGCGGUGAAGGACGAGUUCAUGGGCCAGGUGGUGAUGCCCGGGACGGUGAAGGACAACUUUGGCCCUCAGAAGCUUCAGCUGAGGAAGCGAGGACGGCAGAUGGCUGACGAGAUGCCCGGUAACCUCAGUCUGAGGAUCAUCACUUCCACUCAGCUGACCGCCAUGUGAUCUCGUCUUUGACUAGAGCUAGAGCUGAAACCUUUUCAGUGGCAUCAUCAAAGCACCAAAAACACUUUCUACCGCUGGAUGUCCAGGCUUUGAUUUAACACUAUUAUCUGAACGUUGGGGAAUUGUUUGCAAAGUUGAAAUGUGAGCAGGGUACUGUUGGACAGACUCAAUGUCAAUUCCUGUCAUUGUCAUCAAAAUGUUUAAUCUUUUGUAUUAUCUUUAUCACUUUUUAAAUCACUUUUGUGUAACUUAUAAAAUAUUUUUAUAUUGCAGUUCUGCAAGUUGCUUUAAAAGAUACUCCAGAUACUGUGGCUGAUAUGGCCUAUAUGAAUAUGUAAUUCAAGUCUUAACAUAUAUUAGUUAUAACUGUGUCCUAUAACAGUCACCUUUAUGCAGAAAAAUGUACCGCAUUACAACAAAUAAUUAAAGUAUCAACUCUU